CACUUCCUUAAGACGUGUUUGCGGGACAGAUGUAGUUCCCUUCCUGCCCUGAGGGGGGCGAUGUCGAAGAAGAAAAAGCGGAAACAGAAGAAGAAGAAACCGAAAAAGAAGAGGGAACAGAAGAAGAAGAAACAGAAAAAGAAGGAAGAGAAAAGGCAUGCAUCAGUGGGAUUUGUCUCUGUUCUCAGUGACUCCAGCUGCCAACCUGUUGUCCAGAUGUGUCUCGAGAGGAGCCAUGUCUCAGGUGAGGAUGCAGACGCUGUGUCUCAGCUAAUGACACAUCCUGCAGAGGACUCACUCUACACAUCUGCCUCCUCCACCAAAGAGGAAAUAGACUCUGUCUCUUCAAAGCGAAGCCCAGCCUUCUCCUCUCACCUGCAUGAGGCUGAGCAGCGAAUCAGAGCAGACAAACAGCUGGAUAAGCUGCACUUGGAGGCGGAGCUUCUGCAGGUAGUGAAGGAGAGUGCUGAUGUCACACACACACGUUCCCUCGCUGGCAGGUUCCAGAUGUUGCAGAUGUUGAGUGAUCAUCUCCAGCAACUGUUGAAGGAGCUGAACUAUCUGAGACAGAGAUUGACGAGACCGAUGGGUCACACCCACCUGCCUGUUCACGCUCACCUGCACAGGUACGAGCACACGCCUCCACCAUAACAACUAAAACCAUGAGGAAACCAAG